AUGGAUAGGAGUACUUGUCAUAUUGAUAAUGAGCUACAAAACAGCCCAAAUAAUGGGGCUAAUGAUCUAGUCACGACUCUCAUAAGAAAUGUCCCAAGACACAAGCUUAUAAGUACAGAAAAGUUCGUAUUGAAGCACCAAACCAUCGAACAAACUACAAGCUCCAGAGUGACGAUACAAAGCGACAACCAAGAAAAAAUCACAGCUGCUUCUUUCAAGGAGAACUUCGAAAAAAUGCAUCUAUUUUCAGACCCCAGAGAUCUAUACCUCUACCUGGCUUGGGACGAACAACUUUUCCUCAACUUCCUCACGGACCCAAACCUGGCAUUACCAAAAUCCCGAGGCCUAUACCUAAUUUUCUUCAUGUACGAACAAACGAACGACUGUGAAGGUUUCCGAGAAAAAACUGCCGAGUUGUUGGCUCACCUUUGGGAAACGCACAGCGUAUUGAACGUCGUAGCGAACACACCCUGUACCUGCCACUCGGAUCAUUAUUACACUUACGAUCCGUUCACCAAAGUCGCUGAUAGAAAAUGGGGGGCGGUUAAAGUGAAACGAGCCGAACGAAUUUUGGCUGAAAAAUAUACGGUGACCAAUAAACUGAGGAAUAUGAACCGAAUGCCUCUGAAGGUGUCUUUGUUCGAGAGGAUACCCACUUUAUUGCUGAAUAAGCUGCAGAAGAAUCCAUGUCCCGACGAGGCCAUCCAGAAAAAACCCAAAGGCAUGUACGGCUUGGACGCGGCAGUGCUCAAAACCCUCUCAAAGUUCAUGAACUUCACGAUCGAAAUCGACAAGGACAAGGUCUACUUUGGCAAUGUCCUAGACAAUGGCACUGUCACGGGCAGCCUGGGAAAACUGAUGAGAAAAGAAGUGGAAUGGGCAGCAAAUAGCAGAUUCAGUUAUGUGCCCCACUACGAUGAGAUAGAGUAUACAAAUCCCAUAGCCAACGAUGAGAUAUGCAUAGUGGUCCCUAAAUCCUCGAGAGUACCACAUUGGAUGGCAAUAUUCGAAUGCUUCAAGAUAGAAGUCCAAGCUUGCAUACUGAUCACCAGCUUGGUGUGUAUCUUGUUCUGGUACUUGUACAAGAAACUGGUUGUUGUUAGAAACAGGCACGAUUCCUCCAGAGCAUGGCUGGAAGUUUUCUCGAUAAUUAUUUCUACGCCAGUUAGAAUCCGUGUGAGGACCAGGUCUUUCUUCUUUCUAACCGCUCUGAUGCUGUUCAACAUAGUCGUUACCGGAAUUUUCCAAGGCAACCUAAUCAAAUCCUUCAGCAACACCGAGUAUUACCAAGAACUGAACUCCUUAGAAGAUUUUCUAAACAGCGGUUUGAAGGUUCAUACAACUUUUCUAAGCCUCUUCGCAGGUCAAAAUUCCAGCAUUUUCCGGCAUCUUCAAGCCGCCAUAGUCGAUAGCAGCGUUGCCAAUAGCUCUUCUAUGAUGCAGGCAGCCAUUUCGAGAAACAUGGCAGCUGUGGAAAGAAGAACCGACGCGGAAUUCUUCAUCAAGAAUUGCUUCACCGAUUCUAACGGCAUUCCUUUGCUGCAUCUCGUUGGAGAAUGUCCCAGUAAAUUUUUCUUGGGCUAUCCAUUGCGGAAGAGGUCUCCGUUCACUCCGAUGUUCAAGAGCGUAUUGGACAAAUUGUCACGUGGAGGGUUCAUCGACAAAUGGGGGGAAGUGGCCUUAGAAUCGCUGACGACUCACUCCAAGAUCGGGGAAGAUGGGACCCAGAGGAAACUGGAGUUGUCAGACUUUCAAGUCGCUUUUAAUAUUCUGUUGGGUGGAUACGUUCUAUCUUGCCACUUUCUGGCAUCUUCAAGCAGCUAUAGUCAACAGCAGCGUUGCCAAUUGGCAGCUGUGGAAAGAAGAACCGACGCGGAUUUCUUCAUCAAGAAUUGCUUCACCGAUUCUAAUGGCAUUCAUUUGCUGCAUGUCGUUGAAGAAUGCCCCAAUAAGUUUUUCUUGGACUACCCAUUGCGGAAGAAGUCUCCGUUCACUCCGAUGUUCAGGAGCAUAUUGGACAAAUUGUCACGUGGAGGGUUCAUCGACAAAUGGGGGGAAGUGGCCGUAGAAACUCUGACCACUCACUCCAAGAUCAGGGAAGAUGGGACCCCGAGAAAACUGGAGCUGUCAGACUUUCAAGUCGAUUUUAAUAUUCUGUUGGGUGGAUACGUUCUAUCUUGCAUGGUUUUCACUUUUGAAAGAUACUGGUUUACUCGAUUCUCGUUCUUGGCAAUGAAAGAACGCCCUCUUCUACCCUGA